UGUUUAUUUGCACUUCAAUAAGUCCUUCAUCUGUAAAAAUGUAUUCAUUUACUUUGAAUAAAAUGAGGUGUCUUCUUCUUUGUGUUGGCAUUUUUGCGGCAGUUGCUUUAACGUGCGGCAAAGUGAAGUUCCAUCCUCUAUCAGAUGAAUUCAUAAAUGCCAUUAACAACAAAAAUACAACCUGGAAAGCUAAAAGAAACUUUGACGUAAAUACCCCUAUAUCGUCCCUCAGGAAACUGGUCGGUGUUCUCCCUAAGAAAGAAAAUGCUGACAAACUACCACUAAAAAUCCACCUAAAAGACGACGUAGAAAUACCAGAAACAUUUGAUGCUAGAGAACAGUGGCCAGAUUGUGCCGACAUAAUCGGAACAAUUAGAGAUCAAGCUGCUUGUGGUUCUUGUUGGGCUUUUGGGGCCGUCGAAGCUAUGAGUGACAGAAUCUGCAUUCACUCCAACGGAAAAGUUAAAGUACUUAUCUCAGCUGAAGACUUGAUGGACUGUUGUACAGAGUGUGGAGGUUGUAAUGGGGGUUGGCCAGAUGAUGCAUGGUCGUACUGGGGAAAAACAGGAAUUGUUACCGGAGGAUUGUAUGGUACCGAAGACGGUUGUAAAGCAUAUUCUAUUGCUCCCUGCGAACAUCACAUGGAGGGUGAACUUCCUGAAUGUGGCCCCUAUCAGAAAACUCCUGAAUGCAAAACCGUCUGCGACAAAGGAGUAGAUAUAGUUUACGAUGAAGAUUUAACAACUGGAAGUGGAUAUACAAUAACCUAUAAUGACGUAGAACAAAUUCAAACUGAAAUUCUGACCAAUGGACCUGUUGAAGGAGUGUACAACGUUUAUGAAGACUUUUUCAGCUACAGUUCUGGUGUUUAUCAACACGUAGAAGGCGAUUUUGUGGGUGGACAUGCUAUCAAAAUUAUAGGCUGGGGUGUAGAAGAUGGUACCGAUUACUGGUUGAUUGUGAACUCCUGGAACGCAGAAUGGGGAGAUCACGGUUAUUUCAAAAUAAAACGUGGUACAAGUGAAUGUGGAAUUGAGGCUAAUGUUGUAGCCGGAUUACCAAAUUUGUAAGAUAAUCACGGUACUGAUUACAUUAAUAAAGUAUUUCUAAAAGGAAAA